GGAGCCCAGCACUGCUCUGGGAGUCUCCCUCAAAACGAAUUGUUCAUGCUCAGUGCUCCCACAGCCCUAGAAACACGCGCUGCCAUGGGCCAGCUCCCCCCAGCAGAUUUAAAUACCGACUGGCAGUCACAGUGCCACAGCUCCCCCCAGCAGCACGAUGCCCAGCGCCUGUGCCCUUGUGCUGCUGCUCCUGACCCUGUGUGCCGAGCUGCCACCUGCCCCAGCCCAGCAGCACCGUGGGGAUCGCGGCAAUGGUCCCCCUGCCGGCCCCCCACCACGCCGGGCACAGCGGGGCCAGCGGCCGCCAGCUGCAAUGCCUGCCCCCAGCAAAGCGGGUGUGUGCCCAGCAGUGGGGAGCAGCCCCAUGCGCCCCACCAGGAGGUUCUGCCUGUCUGACCACAGCUGCCCCGGCACUGAGAAGUGCUGCCUUCUCCAGGACGUGAGCUCCUGCCUGCUCCCUGCUGCAGAGAGCCUGGUCAGCUCUGGAGCGGUGAACUGCGGGGUGAGCUGCUGCAAUGAGACGGUGUGUGGCCAUGGGGAGAGAUGCUGUGCCCUCUGCCUGCGAAUUAAGCCAGCCAAAUCUGGCCUUUGCCCAUGGAAGCGAGCCUGGCACGUUGCUGCCUGCCCCAAUGUGUGCACUGAUGACGGGGACUGCCCCGGGGAUCAGAAAUGCUGCUUCUCUGGCUGUGGGCUGUCCUGCACCACCCCAUACAAAGCAAAGCCCGGUGCGUGCCCUGUGCUGCUGCGGGGCUCCCUGGGCCCCUGCGUGGAGCGGUGUGACAGCGAUGCUGACUGUCCCGGGGCCAAGAAGUGCUGCACCACCGGCUGCGGCCACAUCUGCAAACUGCCCACUGAGGUGCGCCCGGGGCUCUGUCCUGCCACAACUAGCAGGGCUAGUAAAUGCCACAUCCUAUGUCUGGAGGACAAGGACUGUCCACCCGGUCAGAAGUGCUGCCUGCAGGACUGUGGCCGCACAUGUGUUCUCCCACUGCAGGGCACAGCAUAG